AUGUGGUCCAUCAACACAAUCACGUUCCUCGAGGGCUCGUUGGCCAUUGCCAAGCAGCACCACGCCGAGUUUCUCAAGACGAUGGCCAACGAGACCGUGCGCAGCAUCGCCGACCUGCACGACGGCACAGCCCUCUGCUUCGCGACAGCCUCGGCAAUCGCAAAGCAGAGGGCGGUGCCGUCGCGCAGGUCGACGAUGCUGCGCACGGUCUCGUUGGCCAUCGUCUUGGUGGUCUCUUGCUAG